AUGAAGAUUUCGGCCGAUUCGAACAUUCUGAACCAGCUUCUCCAGUUCAUCAGCGAUCUCCCACUCGAUCUUCUCCAGAUUUCCACCAAGGAUCCGCUCGAGAAGCUGAACGACUAUCCCGAAUUCAUCGCGUAUUUCCCACCCAUGGCGCUCAGAUUUAGACCGCUUCUGAUCCCCGACAGCACUCUCAACUCCACGUCGCUCUUCGCUGAGCAGUUGGAGCUCCAGCCGCUUCUGCUGACGCUCACGAACAAAAUCGAUCCUGCCUAUCCGCUCACGUCCUCCGUUCUGCCCUCCAUCCCGAUCUUAAUCCCGCUGCAAGCGCUCAUCGACACGUUCGGAGCGCUUCUCGGCAACGUGGACAACGCACAGAUCAAACUGAGCUCCUUCCUCACCGAGAAUCUCUUCAUGACGCAGAACGAUCUCAUCGAUCGGCUCCGCAUGCACUACGUCAAAGAGCUCAUUCGGCAGCUCUACAAGAUCAUUGGCUCUUUCAACCUGCUCGGAAACCCCAUCGGCCUCGCCGAGAACAUCACUUCCGGCGUGAAGGCCUUCUUCUACGAGCCCAUGCAGGGUCUGGUUCGCUCGCCGAAGGAUUUUGCGACAGGAUUGGGCCGGGGAACGAAGACGCUGCUGAUGAACACGACGUUCGGCGUGAUGAACACGGUGGGGAAGAUCACGGGAACGGUGGCGGAUGGGCUGUCGACGCUGACGAUGUCGGAGGAAUACAAGAACGAUCGCGCGGCCGGGAAGGGCGGCAUUAUCUACGGCGUGAAAGAAGGCGUGACGGGCGUGUUUAAAGACACGUACAACGGAGCGAAGAAGAAGGGACUGCUCGGCGCAGCGACGGGAAUGGGCAAAGGACUGCUCGGGUUUGUAGUGAAGCCGGUAGUGGGCGUCGUGGACCAGACGACGAAGGUGAUCGAUUCAGUGAAGGGCGUGACGCAGGUGGAGAAGACGAUCUCGCGUCUGCGCAACCCGCGGUACAUCUACAAAGACCACUGCAUUGCGCCGUUCAACGCGUACUUAGCAGAGGGACAGAUGCUGCUCGCAGCGUCGAAAACAAACUCGCAAGUGCCGACGAACGAGGAAUACAUGAUGCACGUGAUCGUCGAUUCGAAAACGGCUUUGCUGAUGGGCAAUUCGCGGUUUGUUUGGGUGGAUCGAACCACUCGCAAAGUGGGACAAGUCAUCAAAUACAAGCACGUGAUUGGCGUUUCGAAGAGCCUCCGAAAGGUGAGUAUAAGUUGUGAUAACGGUGCGCGUUCGAUGAUCGUGAUCGACGAGCGCCUGGCCGCGGUGAUUCCUUCGCUGUACCACGCCAUUCUGCAGAACCAAAGCCAGCGAAUCACCAAUUUGGUGGUUCGAAUGCUCGGAAUUAUGAAGCAGGAGCUGGUUAGCGAGGAUUGGCUGCUUGGAACGCAGGAAAAGCUCGACGAAGAUCUCAUGACCACCGGGCUGACGCCCGUCGUGGAGCCCGUCACGCCGAUGGAUCUCGCGCCGUCCUCGGUGAGCAGAGCGGUGGUGAAAUCGUAUCACCAAGGCGUGGAGGCGAAGAAAUUGCUGAUUUCGAGCGGGACGACAUACACGGAGUAUGAGAUCGAAGUGACGUCGGAAGAGGAUCGUGUGAAAUGGACGAUCUACCGCCGAUUCCGUCAGUUUAAGUAG